AUGUCGGACGUUGGAGCAAAACCCAACGACAAAGCCUUCGCGCAAGUACCGUCCAUUGCUGACGGUCAACAAGUCGAACAAAAGCCGUUUACCGUCUGGACCGCCAUGGGCAUCGGCCAUUCCAUCACCAACACGGCGGUAGGCAUCAUCGUCGGGCUAUCGACAGGGAUCAACUUUGGCGGAGCGCCCGUCUUCUUCUACGGUUUCAUUCUCAUGGCGAUUGUUGGCUUUGCCGUAGCCAUUAGCCUCGGUGAACUCGCUUCCGCCUUGCCGCACUCCGCAGGCCAAUACUACUGGGUUGCCGUGCUUGGCCCUCCCUCAAUACGACGUCCGCUGUCAUACCUGACUGGAGUCAUCACUUGGGCCAGCGCAGUCUGCGUCUCAGCUUCCGUCUGCCUGGUGGUCACCCUCAGUAUUUUCAGCAUGGUCGCAAUAGCAAAUCCAGGAUUUGUGUAUCAGCCAUCGAUGGGCUUUAUUGGUUUUCAGUCCAUAAACAUCCUCGCGUCCGGGUUCAACUUUUUCGAACGCUUGCUACCUUGGGUUAGCAAGACGCUCCUGCUUUACACAUGCUCAAUGGUCUUCGCCGUCUUCGUAGAUUUACUAGCUGGAAGAUCCGAGAAGCAGACAGCUCAAAACUUCUUUGCCGAAAUGUACAACGUUUCCGGGUGGCCCAACGGGGUCGCGUUCCUGAUAGGCCUCAGCCCAACAAAUUAG